AUGCGAGGUCGAUUUCUCUUUCUGGAAGAGUGUUAUAACUGUUUAGCCGGAGCGGAACUUACCUACCAGUGUACUAAAGAUUUUGGAAGCGUGUUAGCACAUGUAAAGUGUCAAAGUGUUCAGUUUAGGAUAAAUUGUGAGAAGUCUCCUGCUCAGAGAAAAGUUAUAUUGGCGUUUAAGCAAUCAGUAAUAAAGGAAAGCUGUCUUUUGGAGUGUUUAUCGACGGUAACGCAAGUUGAACUUAGAGGCCAGUUAAGUUUUGUAGAGGUUCCUACUCCGGUCCACAUUUCUAACAUUAUCAAUAAAGCUGAAGAGAGUAAAGUUUGGACGAUUGUACAUGUACCAUUCGCUUUGUUCUAA